CGCCUGUUCUCUGGCCCCCGCGUCACCGUUAGCGGCCGCCUCUGUGUCCCAGUGCCCGCGCCUGCGUCCGGCGCCUCUGCACCCUGGGUGGAGGCAAUGCCGGCCCUCUGACCGGGAUGGGCCGGCAGGGAAGAGGACAGCUAGCCUGGGCCGCGAGCCCGGUGCAGAUCGGGCUGCGCGCAGUGGGAGCUUUUGCCUAGUAGGCUCUCGAUGCAUUUAUGUGGAAAUUGCUUUUCUGGUUGGAGGACGUGGGAUAUCGAAGGGGAAUUGGGUCGCCUCUGGAUAGUAGAAGAGCUUUAGCGAUUGGGGUCGUGGUACUUUGAGGGAGACCACCAGAGACUGGAACAGUUACGUGGGCUGCAGGGAAAGGGGCAUCCACCAAAUCACUCGGGGCUCUCUGGCUGCGAUCUGAGGGUCGUCAAGGUCGAGAGGAAAAGGUCCACUGGGGAAUGAGAGGGAACCAGGCAGCAUUGGAUGGGGAAGAAACUGGAUCACCUCUUGGGGGUUUAACUCCAGGUGAUAAGGGAUGAGGAGGCGGGCGCAAGACUCCUCUGCAACUCUUUGGGCUCCAAAAUUUCUUUGCUGUUGGGGUUUGGGCAUCCAAGUAGCCGAAACGGAGUGACUUCGUGGAGGGAGCGUUGCAUUUAAAGAAGAAUGCUAAGAAACAGUAUCUUAUAAUCAAUGGAUAAAGUGGGGAAAAUGUGGAAUAACUUCAAAUACAGGUGUCAAAAUCUCUUCAGUCAUGAGGGAGGAAGCCGCAAUGAAAAUGUGGACGUGAACUCCAACAGAUGUUUGUCCAUCAAAGAGAAAAACAUCAGUAUAGGAGACUCAGCUCCUCAGCAACAAAGCAGUCCCUUAAGAGAAAAUGUUGCCUUACCCCUGGGAUUAAGCCCUUCAAAGAAUUCUUCAAGGAGAAACCAAAAUUGUGCCACCGAAAUCCCUCAAAUCGUAGAAAUAAGCAUUGAAAAGGAUAAUGAUUCUUGUGUCACUCCAGGAACAAGACUUGCACGACGAGAUUCAUACUCUCGACAUGCUCCAUGGGGUGGGAAGAAAAAACAUUCCUGUUCUACAAAGACCCAAAGUUCAUUAGAUACUGAUAAAAAGUUCGGAAGAACUCGCAGUGGACUUCAAAGGAGGGAGAGGCGCUAUGGUGUAAGCUCUGUACACGAUAUGGACAGUGUUUCCAGCAGAACCAUAGGAAACCGCUCUCUGAGGCAGAGGUUGCAGGAUACUGUGGGCUUGUGUUUUCCCAUGAGGACUUACAACAAGCAGUCAAAACCUCUCUUUUCCAAUAAAAGAAAAAUACAUCUUUCUGAAUUAAUGCUUGAGAAAUGCCCCUUUCCUGCUGGCUCAGAUUUAGCCCAAAAAUGGCAUUUGAUUAAACAGCAUACAGCGCCUGUGAGCCCACAUUCAACAUUUUUUGAUACAUUCGAUCCGUCUUUGGUUUCUACAGAAGAUGAAGAGGAUAGACUUAGAGAGAGAAGGCGACUUAGUAUUGAAGAAGGGGUUGAUCCUCCUCCCAAUGCACAAAUACAUACAUUUGAAGCUACUGCACAGGUUAAUCCAUUAUAUAAACUGGGACCAAAGUUAGCUCCAGGAAUGACUGAGAUAAGUGGGGACAGUUCUGCAAUUCCACAAACUAAUUGUGACUCAGAAGAGGACACAACCACCCUGUGUUUGCAGUCACGAAGGCAGAAGCAGCGUCAGGUAUCUGGAGACAGCCAUGCCCAUGUUAGCAGACAGGGAGCUUGGAAAGUCCACACACAGAUUGAUUAUAUACACUGCCUUGUGCCUGAUUUACUUCAGAUUACAGGGAACCCCUGUUACUGGGGAGUAAUGGACCGUUAUGAAGCAGAAGCCCUUCUCGAAGGGAAACCUGAAGGCACAUUUUUGCUCAGGGACUCUGCACAAGAGGACUACCUCUUCUCUGUGAGCUUCCGCCGUUACAACAGAUCCCUGCAUGCCCGAAUUGAACAGUGGAAUCACAACUUUAGUUUUGAUGCCCAUGACCCAUGUGUAUUUCACUCCUCCACUGUAACAGGACUUUUAGAACAUUAUAAAGAUCCCAGUUCUUGCAUGUUUUUUGAACCAUUGCUUACCAUAUCACUAAAUAGAACUUUUCCUUUUAGCCUGCAAUAUAUCUGUCGUGCAGUAAUCUGCAGGUGCACUACAUACGAUGGAAUUGAUGGGCUCCCUUUACCAUCAAUGUUACAGGAUUUUUUAAAAGAGUAUCAUUAUAAACAAAAAGUUAGGGUUCGCUGGUUAGAACGAGAACCAGUCAAGACAAAAUAAAUUCUCCUGUCCCCAAAGGGCAUUACCUAGAUCUGCUUUCAUGUGCAUCAGACAGUACACCUAUAGCAAGCACACAUAUCAGUGCUAGGGUUUUUCAUACAGUAUGUAGGCUUAGUGUUGUUAUCUGUCAGAUGCGAUUUGCUGUUACUCAGAUAAAUGUGGUGCCUAUUGAAACUACAGAGGGUAGAGCUACAGGUGUCCAGUAAGGCUACAAAACCAUCUUGCCAGUUUAGCUAACUGUUUAGUUUUUAAUGGCUGUAGUAAUUGAGUGAGGCAACUCUGGGGCAUUUGCUAUGAAGAAUUCUAUUUCUUACUGAAGAACAAAUUAUUAAUAUUGGAUGAGUAUUUCAACAGUGUGACUGAUGUUUGAAAUUAUUUUUUCUAAGAGUUUUUCUAUAAUCUUCCAAAAGUAGUGAUGUUUGUAGUUACUAUAAGUCAAGCUUUGGAAGUCCAAAAUAAUAAAAGACUGCCUUCCUUUUAGAAAAAUGCAAUUUUCUGGCCACAAGGGCAUAGUGCAGUUCACUUAAGUGUUGAUGUAGUUUAUAGUGAGUUUCCUUUUCUCUCCAGUAAAAGGUACCAUUAAAUAAACCAGGUUUUCUAACUAGUUCUUAAAUUUUCAUACUUAAAAAGUUAGUAGUAGUAUUUUAUUUAAAGGCCCUAGAUACUAGUUUCUUGUUUUUGUUUUUGUUUUAACAAGUGCUCUACUUAAAACUGGCAUUUGGAAUAGCUGCUGCAAUGUAGUAGUCUUGUGUGUGAUUUUUUUUUUUUAAGUUGACGUGUGCAGUCUACUUAUUCCAUUAAAGUUGGAUCUUUUCCUAUGCCCAUGAUGAGAUUGUGAACCAUGAAGAAAUGAGAGUAGAUACCCAAACAGGUCAGAUAAUAGUAACUACAGUGGUUGCUAAUCUUGAGAUUAUUGUUAAACUGUAAUUAAUAAUUUGGACAGCAGUAUUUAUCUCUUCGUUGUAAACUUUCAUAGCUCAAUUGCUUAAAUAUAAUUUAUAGAAUUUCACUGCAGUUAAUUCUUAAUGGAAAAUCUGAAACCUAAAUUACAGAUUUAAAAGGUACUGUACUACCAUCGUGUCUGUAAAUAACCUUACUUAGCGCCUUUUCGGCACUUAGAAUAGUACGUAAUACUACUUGAGUGAGCUCUUUUGGAAGUAAUAUCGAGUUCUAGUGUUUGCUUCUUAGUAUUGAGCUGAAUUUACAGUUCUGUCCUAGACAUUUUGCACUAAAGUAGCCAAAUCUAUUCUUGUGUCUUUUUGUUAAUGUGCUCUGUACCACUGGUGAGUGCUCCUUAGUUUCCCUACCUGCUGCUACAGAAUGUUAUUUUAUAUCCCUGUGGCUAUUGCCAAGGCUACAAAAAAGAAAAGCUAUAUUUGUAUGCAACACUAAUCUUUUGACUGCUAAUGUAUGUUUCUGCUUGCUGUGCCUUGUUAUGGCUGCUUUUUUUGUGCUAAUAAAGUAUGUUUGGUGUUCUCCUUGUAUAUCUGCUGUUUUAUACAUUUGCAACAAUUUCUCUUGUAAAUGGAAUGGUUUGGAGUUUUUAAAAUAAGCAUUACCUGAUAACAUACUAUAGUUAAUACAGACUUACUGUACAGUCUAAUGUUGACUUACCAGAAUAAGCUAACUAAAUUUAAUACUCUGCAUCUUUCCAAUUAUAAUCACAUAUACUGUGGAACAGUAUCUAUAGUUACUGCAAAUUACUGUUCGGUUUAGGUUAUAACAGAAAACAGAAAAUUAUAAUUUCUCUGCUUAUAAGGGAAAGAUUGAAACUAUUAAAGACAUUAUAAUAAAUGAAUAUCUGUAACCUCCACUGCGUCAGAAACAGGUUAAAGAAAUCUUGUGUCAGCAUCAUUUGGUUUGGGGACCAUUUUAAAUUAUAAUAAAGGCCUAAAAUGUAGAUGUUUAACCAAAGAAUUGUCCACUUUAAAAUGGGAAUU